UUUCCCAGGGGUGCAGUUGAUGUGGGAGCGGCUACCACCCACCUCGGGGAAAAGGGGGUGGGGAAGGCGGGGGAGCUGUGCGCCUCUCCCACGCCAGGUCCUUGGGCAGCGAGGGGGUUCUGCCGCUUGGGUCUUGCUUGGAAGCGCCUGGGGCAAGGAAAGUUUCCGGCUUCUUCUCUUUCCCCCCUUCUUCCUUUCCUCCUUUUUAUCCUGUCUGCUGGCCCGGUGGCACCAUGACGGCGUCUCCCGACUACCUGGUGAUUCUCUUCGUGACCACGGCGGGCACCAACGGGGCAAGGUUGGGCUCAGACGAGCGAGAGCUGCUCCAGCUCCUGUGGAAAGUGGUCGACCUGAGGAGUAAGGAGCUGGGGCACCUGCAUGACGUGCUGGUCCGGCCUGACCGCACAGAACUGACGGCUGAGUGCCAGGAGAUCACCCAAGUGGAUGUGGAGAGCCUGGCACUGGCUCCACCGCUGGAGCAGGCAUUGAGACAGUUUAAUCAGUCCGUGAGCAAUGAGCUGAACAUUGGUGUAGGUACUUCUUUCUGUUUCUGUACUGAUGGACAGUUGCACAUUAGGCAGGUUCUACACCCUGAAGCUUCCAAAAAGAAUAUUUUAUUGCCUGAAUGCUUCUACUCCUUUUUUGACUUGCGGAAAGAGUUCAAGAAGUGUUGCCCUGGUUCACCUGAAGUUAGCAAACUUGAUGUUGUAGCCAUGACAGAAUAUUUAAAUCUUGACAAGAGCAGUUCAGCAUUUCCCUAUGGAGCCUCUCAAGUUGAAGAUAUGGGGCAUAUUAUUUUAACAUUAAUAUCUGAACCAUACAAUCACCGAUUUUCAGAUCCAGAAAGGGUGAACUACAAAUUUGAAAGUGGGCCUUGCAGCAAGAUGGAACUUGUGGAUGACAAUGCUGUUAUCCGAGCAAGAGGAUUGCCAUGGCAGUCAUCUGACCAGGACAUAGCAAGAUUCUUCAAAGGUCUAAAUAUUGCCAAAGGAGGUGCUGCACUCUGUCUCAAUGCCCAAGGUAGGAGGAAUGGGGAGGCUCUUGUGAGGUUCGUAAGUGAAGAGCAUAGAGAUCUAGCACUACAAAGGCACAAGCAUCACAUGGGGAACCGAUACAUAGAGGUAUACAAGGCAACAGGUGAAGACUUCCUUAAAAUUGCAGGAGGUACUUCCAAUGAGGUUGCCCAGUUUUUGUCGAAAGAAAACCAAGUGAUUGUCAGGAUGCGAGGUCUUCCUUUCAAUGUAACAACAGAAGAAGUGCUGACUUUCUUUGGCCAGCACUGCCCUGUAACAGGAGGAAAGGAGGGAGUCCUGUUUGUUACUUACCCUGACAGCAGGCCAACAGGGGAUGCCUUUGUCUUGUUUGCUUGUGAGGAAUACGCACAAAAUGCACUGAAAAAGCACAAGGAUUUGCUGGGGAAAAGGUACAUUGAACUCUUCCGUAGCACUGCAGCAGAAGUUCAGCAGGUGCUGAACAGGUACUCUUCCACACCUCUCAUUCCUCUCCCAACACCUCCAAUUCUUCCAGUAUUACCUCAACAAUUUGUGCCUCCCACUAACAUCAGAGACUGCAUACGUUUGCGUGGUCUUCCCUAUGCUGCUACUAUAGAGGACAUUCUGGAGUUCCUGGGAGAGUUUUCUACAGAUAUUCGGACCCAUGGAGUUCACAUGGUACUAAAUCACCAGGGGCGUCCAUCGGGAGAUGCUUUCAUUCAGAUGAAAUCUGCAGAUCGAGCUUUCCUGGCUGCGCAGAAAUGUCAUAAGAAGACCAUGAAGGACAGAUAUGUUGAAGUUUUUCAAUGUUCUGCUGAAGAGAUGAACUUUGUAUUAAUGGGGGGCACUUUAAAUCGAAAUGGCUUGUCCCCGCCACCAUGUAAGUUACCAUGCCUUUCACCCCCUACCUACUCGUUCCCAGCUCCUGCUGCAGUUGUGCCAACAGAAGCUGCUCUGUAUCAGCCAUCCAUGCUUCUGAACCCACGAACGCUCCAGCCCUCCACAGCCUACUACCCUGCUGGGGCUCAGCUCUUCAUGAACUACACAGCAUAUUACCCCAGUAUGCAGCAGAGGAUGGACUUGUACGCACAAAUGAUGCGGCCAGGACAAUGUCCAAAGCAUGGAUUUGCAUUUAAAGGCCCCAGCAGUUAGACUUCCUUAGUGAAGCUUCCCCCCUGAAAGAUAGCAACAAAACUGUCCAGUUUUCUAAUCGUUCUGCUUUUGACACAGACAACUUAGCCAGGAUGUAAACUGCUUCUCAUCAAAAUCUUUACCUGCAGCAUCACCUCACUGUCAUCUGCUCCAAGUGUGCUGCUUGUUCUUCACUUCAGUAGAAAAUGUCAUUUAAACUGUGUGUGUUUAAGGUGAAAACUAAAGCUUUUGGUCCAUCUGUAAAGAUUUUAAAUAUAGGAAAUCAAGAGAUUAAUAUUUGCUUUUAUCAUGGUGUUCAGUGACCUGCACAACUCUUUAAUGCAGAUUCCUCUACCCUUUUUGAUGUUUUGAACAAACACAGUGAACCUAGAUGGAGAUUUGGAUUGUUUCCAGCUUUAGCACUUCUCAAGCCAAUUGUGCUCAAGAGGAAAAACCACCAGAACUCUUGGAGUGACCAGAUGGAUCUGCUACUGUUUUAAAGUUCAUGCAAAGUUUUCACACAUGCUCACACAGACCACUGAGCCCUUCACUGAGAGCACAGGUGCUGAAAUCAUGCAAGUCUUUGAGGGUUUCUGCUUGAUAAAGAAGGUAUUAAGCUGCUCUUAGUACAAAAAUAGUUCAGCCUGAACCUACACAGUCUGAUCUUUCAUUCUUUUGAAACAGCAAAAAAGUAUUUUUUACAUAAUUUUGCACAUAGUUUAAAAUUGUUAUUUUUAAUUAAAGUGUUUUACAACCUCUAAUUUUGCAUUUGACAUUAUAAUAAAAAGAUCUUUUGGCUUGUAUAUAUUUGUCUAAUCUCUGCAAAAGAAGCCACUGUAAACUUUAUAUGCAGGCAUAUUUUACACAGUGCAGAAAUAAUUAGGAAUGUAAAAUGGAUUAUCUAAGGGAAAAAUGCUGUAACUUUGUAACAAUGUGUGGGAUGUUAAAUGCUUUGUCUCUGAUUCUUAUCUUGUAUGCUUUUCCUAUGCACUCAGGUAUUUAAAUUUUAAAAGGCUUACAGGAGUAGGCAUUUUCAAACUUUGGUCACACUGUGUACUCAGAAAAUGAGAAAUGCAGUUAACAUCUGUCCUGUGGUCCUACUUUUAUAUUUCCACUCCAUGCUUUCCCCACCCUUCUUGCUGCUUGAGUGUCUUCUGUGCAAGAAAAGCAAUGUGACUUGUAGUUAAGAGCCAGUGCCUUGUCUGCUUUAAGAGAGGGUCAGUCAGAGCUGGUAUUUGAGCUUGGUCUCUCUGGACUAUAGCAAGUAUCCCAGCACCACAAUUGUCUCUCCAGCCAGAGAAAUCAGAUGCUGUAUGUGCUCUUAAAUAGCUGCUGUCUUUAACCAGCCCUGGGUCUCCCUGCCUGCCCUGGGACUGGGCUUCAGGCACAGGACUAGAUGGCUACACUUUUCCAUGGCAAUUAUAAUCCUUGUUUAUGCUGAAGAAAAGGGGGAAGGAAACCCUGAAAUAAGGAUAUGUGUGAGGCUAAAAGUGGCAAAUUGGGUAGGUUCUUUGGCACAUUCAAAAUAAAUAUUGCAGAACUGAGGAAUACAAGCACUUUAGGUAGGUGGUGCUGUAGGAGUUUUUAGUUACCAUGAACCCAAAUCCACAGCAGUGCCUUUGCUAUCUCUGAAAGUAAGUACGAGGAAAGAUAGAACAAAAAAGGGUGGUAGGGUGACAAAGUCAAAAAAGUCUUCUAGACCAGGCAAGUGAUAAUCUCAUUUCUAGUAUCUAAUUUAAAAAACCUCAAUCUUCCCCCUCCUUUAAUUCUUCCUUAGUUUUUUGCCCUUAUCUUUCCUUGGUGGGACCCUCCCCUGCUCACCAGAGUCAUAGUAAUCUAGAUUUACAUUUUAUCCUGGAAAACUCCAUACUGUUACAGUCUAAAGUAUUUGACAGGGCCUUUUUUUAAAAUCAUUGUUCUGUUAACAUGAGUACAUUGAAGUGAUUAAUUGAUGCAAAAUACUUCUAACUUUUAGCUUUUCCUUUUCCAAGAAAAUGGUUCUGCCUUUAAUUACGUAGCACAAUUACAAAUUAGUAGUUAUGCAUAAGGAAAAUUAGCCUAUAUAAGCCACUAGGGAAG